GAAGCUCAAACACGUGUGUUUCCUUGCGGACUGCAUGUUGUGACCGAGCAACAGAAAUCAAUCAGAAAACAACUGAACGAGUAUCGAUUAUCUAGUUCGAUCAGAAAUGACGAAGACGAAGAAGGAGAAGGUUCCUGCGGACGGAGAAGAGGCCGCAGCCGCCGACGGGAACGAGAAGUCCUACCAGGAGCUGAUCGCUAACAUCAACCCGAUCGCUCAGCCGCUGGCCUCCAAAAAACUCAGCAAGAAACUCUACAAAUGCGUCAAAAAGGCUGCCAAAGUGAAGAACAUCCGCCGAGGAGUGAAGGAAGUCCAGAAGUUCAUCAACAAAGGAGAGAAAGGGAUUGUGGUGUUGGCCGGAGACACGCUGCCCAUCGACGUCUACUGUCACCUGCCGGUCAUGUGUGAGGACAGAAACCUGCCGUACGCCUACAUCCCCUCUAAAGUGGAUCUGGGUUCGUCGGCAGGCUCCAAGAGGCCGACCUGUGUGAUCCUGAUCAAAUCUCAUCCGGACUAUCAGGACGCCUAUGACGAGUGUGUGGAGGAGGUCUCCGGUUUGCCCAAACCACUCUGAGACCUGAGCCAAUCAGAGAGCGGCUCUGAGGUCACUGCCUCCAUUGAAGCGUCUCCUUUCAGCACCUGAUCAAUAAGCAACAAACACCCCGUCAGUCAGGCACAGGUGGAGCUAACAGGCUAGCAGUUUCCCCCUGCCUCCAAUCUUUGUGCUAAGCUACGCUAAACCUGUCCUGGACCAUGUGACUCUGGAGGAGACGGACAGACUGAGUUUUUUUUGUUCAGAACAAAGUGUGUAAAUAAAGUUUGUUUAUAAGUUUCACUUCCUGUUGAAGCGAUGAGCUGCUCAGAUUAUCUUCAUCACAGCAGGUAGAAAUACACCUGUGUGCUACUGUUCACCUGAUGUACUGCAACAAAAGUUAACAAUCUGAGUUUUAACAAAAUACACAGAUAAUAAUGGACAUCAUACUUCAGUAAAAUCAACAGCGACGCUUUUGUUGUGCAGUGAUCAGACUGAUCAAUCAGACAGAUCAAUCAGACUGAUCAAUCAGACAGAUCAGACUCGACCAGACCGAUCGACGUUCGGUUUGAUAAAAAGUUUGUUUUUCGUCGACUCGAUGUUUGGGUGUUUGAGCUCAGCAGGAUUUCUGGGUUUCUGCUGUUAAACGUGUUUGAUUAAAAAUUAAAGCGACUGUCAGCUGAAGUUUCUCCUAAACAUUUGUUAGAUUUUACAAAUUCAAACUUUGACUUUCUGUUUUUUCAAUAAAAGAACUUUGA